CCGCAAUCUGUUCCACUCUCUCUCUCUUUUCCCAUCAGCAGCUUCUCUCUCCAAUUCUCUAUUCUACUCUCUCUCUCUCCUCUUCCUCUUUACAGACAAUUCCAACGAAUCCAUUCCAGCCCCUCUCAUCCCCUCCCCUUUUGGGAGAGAGAGAAGAAGACGGAGGAAGAAGAAGCACACCAGAAGAAGAGGGAGAAGAAGAAACAGAGCAACGGAAUUCACCCAUUAGAGAAAGAGGCAGAGAUAGAGAGAGAGAGAGAGGGUUAACCCCAGCGCAGUAGAGGAGAGAAAGCAAAACCAGCUACAGCUGAGAGGCACAUGCACCUUGUCCUGCCUUCUUUAAUCACGUGGAUAAAACAAGGUCUGAAGACGAUUUAACUUUGAGGAAGCGAGACAAGAUGCGUCGGUGGCUGUGCUGCACCUGUCAAGUGGAGGAGGCUUACCCAACACAUGAGAAUGAGCUGCUAAGAAGCCCAAAACACCAUAAUGAUGGGCAUCUAAAAGGUGCAAAUGCAUCAGCUCUUGUCAAACCGGAAGUACAAAAGGAAGCACCACCUAUUCAAGUGCCUGCUUUGUCAUUGGAUGAAAUGAAAGAAAAAACUGAUAAUUUUGGGUCAAAGGCUCUUAUUGGUGAAGGAUCCUAUGGCAGAGUGUAUUACGCAAACCUAGAUGACGGAAAAGCCGUGGCUGUGAAGAAACUUGAUGUAUCCAGUGAGCCCGAAACGAAUAACGAAUUCUUAACUCAGGUUUCCAUGGUAUCGAGAUUGAAGCAUGAGAAUUUUGUGGAAUUGCAAGGUUAUUGUGUAGCAGGAAAUCUCAGAGUGCUUGCUUAUGAAUUUGCAACAAUGGGAUCUCUUCAUGACAUAUUGCAUGGUCGAAAGGGAGUUCAAGGGGCACAACCUGGUCCAGUGCUGGACUGGAUGCAGCGAGUCAGAAUUGCAGUUGAUGCAGCAAGGGGUUUGGAAUACUUGCAUGAGAAGAUUCAGCCUUCCAUAAUACACCGAGAUAUCAGAUCCAGCAAUGUGCUUCUCUUUGAGGAUUUUAAAGCAAAGAUUGCAGAUUUUAACCUAUCAAAUCAGGCUCCGGACAUGGCUGCACGCCUUCAUUCCACUCGUGUUCUGGGAACUUUUGGUUAUCAUGCUCCAGAGUAUGCAAUGACGGGACAAUUGACACAGAAGAGUGAUGUCUACAGUUUUGGUGUGGUUCUCCUUGAACUUCUCACCGGAAGGAAACCGGUCGAUCAUACCAUGCCCCGUGGGCAGCAGAGUCUAGUCACCUGGGCUACUCCAAGGUUGAGUGAAGAUAAAGUUAAGCAGUGUGUGGAUCCAAAGCUGAAGGGAGAGUAUCCACCAAAGGGAGUAGCCAAGGUACGUGCUCAGCCAUCCGUCCAGCUGGCAGCUGUUGCAGCAUUGUGCGUGCAGUAUGAAGCAGAGUUUCGGCCAAACAUGAGCAUCGUCGUGAAGGCUCUCCAGCCACUGCUGAAGUCUCAAGUGCCUCCUGCUGCUGCCCCCACUGCCGCCCCAGAGUCCUGAAGGAGAGUUGGCAAAAAAAACGUAAGGGAAGAGCACGAGAUGAGUUGAUUGAAUACCUUUGAUGUUUGGUUUGGAAUGGUGUAAUAUUACUCGGGAAAUCGUCGGUUGCAGCAUGUGUUUGGUGUUUGAGGAUGUGCUCUAAGGAUCUUACAAUGAGAGGGGUUGUAUUUGAUAUUUUUCAUCUUCCUUGAUUGAUGAUCAUGUAGAGAGAUCGAAUUGGGUUUGUAGUUUCUGGGAAUAUGGAGCCUGUUUAAUUUGCUCGUGAUCAUUAUCUUGUUGCUUCAGUGGCUCUUGCUUGUAGUGGACGAAACGUUUUCUCCCCGCAACUAUGAAACGUUUAUUAUUGAUCUGGUUUCGUUUGGUUUGAUUUGGCCCGGACAGGCCCAUGGAAGCCCAAAUCCUCUUUCCGACCUAUUGGCCCAACACAUGAAAGCUGAGCCCAUCUAGCAGUUUCCAUUUUUCCCCUGAGAAUAUUAUAAAUAACUAAAUUC